AUGGCCAACAACAACGCGGCGCAUACCAGCAAGCAGUCGUACUACUUUGGUGCAAAGGGCGCGACCGACAUACUGUGCUUCUCGAAGACGCUGGCAAAGGGUUCGUCACUACCCACGGACGUCAGCUACACGAAUCCAACUGCGGCUAAGAAUAUUAACUUCAUCACGGUAGCGGCGGACCGGUACUCGCACUUCGGCUUUAAGGCCGAAAUCACUAAAGGAGCCCUCGGAACGGUCUCUGCCACGGUGACUCUCACCGGUAAACAGGUGCUACCUUACGCGAUCGAGAUAAAGUUCUACUGUGUAGCAUAA